AUGGAGCACAAGACACAGAGGCUACGAGAAGAGCUUGGGCGACCUGAGCUUCGAAGCUGCUAUGAGAAGGAGGAAAGCUCAAAGGCCAACAAAGCUGGCUUUCUUUUAAGCCGCUUAAGUACUCCUCUCCAGCUUCUGUUCCGCUCGCCCAUCAUUUCAAUCGUUGCCCUGUAUAUUGCAAUUGUUUACGGUUGCCUCUACCUCCUCUUCACAACAGUCACCGAUGUGUUCCAGACUACCUAUCACUGGAGCGUUUCCGUCAGCGGACUAUCCUACAUCGGUCUUGGCCUCGGUUUUAUCACCGGCCAAACCUUCUUGGGAUUCACGAGUGAUAAGGUUAUGAUGCGACUCAAAGCACGCAAAAACGACAUCUUCGAACCGGAAAUGCGCCUACUAAUUUGCAUUCCGUUCGCCUUUUUCGUGCCCAUCUCAUUCUUCUGGUACGGCUGGUCUGUCCAGGCCCACACACACUGGAUUGUACCAAUCAUUGGCCUGUUCCCAUUUGGAGUGGGCAUGAUCGGCAUUUUUGUGGGACUGCAGACCUAUGUCAUUGAUAGUUAUCCACGGUAUGCUGCGUCUGGACUUGCGGCUAUAACCGUCAGUCGAUCUCUCUUUGGAGCAUUGUUGCCGCUAGCUGGUCCAUAUAUGUAUCGAGCCCUUGGUUAUGGCUGGGGGAAUUCCCUGUUGGGGUUUGUGACUCUUGCUCUUAUUCCAAUGCCGGUCAUUUUCUAUCGCUUUGGUCGGGUUCUCAGGGAACGGGCUGUGGGGAAUUUCAAAUAA